AUGGGGCUCUUUCCACGGUCUUCCCGUCCCAACACCGACCCCAAACACCAAAAUGACGACCCGUUCACAACCACCGCUUCCUCACCACCUCUAUCCUCAUUCCAUCGAAGGCCAACAGCUCUCCGCCUAUUCACAGCCCUAAUCUACCUAAUCUCCCUCGUCUUCCUCAUCCUCGUGGAAAUCGGCAACAUCAACAACAAGCCCGUCAUCCGAUCGACCUACUUCCUCAAAAUCUCGCUCGCCAACAUCAUCCCCUCGUCCGUCCCCAACGCGCUCUUCAUCAACUCGAUCGCCCAGUCCAUCGGAUUGCACGAUUUCUACCAAGUCGGACUCUGGAAUUUCUGCGAAGGCUACAACGGCGAAGGAAUCACGCACUGCUCACGCACAAAAACACUCUACUGGUUCAAUCCCGUGGAAAUCAUCCUGUCCGAGUUACUCGCGGGUGCAUCAAUCACGCUACCCACCGAGGUCGUCAACAUCCUAGAUCUAGUACGCAAGGCGAGUUUCUGGAUGUUCUCAUGUUUCCUAGUCGGCACGGUCUUGACGUUUCUAUGUAUUUUCCUCGCGCCGCUGGGGUUCUCGAAACAUCCGCGCUGGGAACAUCGUGCACGACGUGUGUUUUUUCGACAAUUGCCUAUUACGAUUGUGGCGUUUGCCGCCCUGUUGUUCACGGCUGCGGCAUCGUUGAUCGCUACCAUCAUGUUUGUUAUCUUUCGGAAUAAAUUCUCGGGGGCGGCGGAUUUGAAUAUUCGUGCGUAUUUGGGUGUGCCGAUGUUGGUGUUUAUGUGGAUUGGGACGGGGCUGAAUUUGUUGGGGUUUCUUAUGCAGAUCGGGACGUGUUGUGGUGUUUGUUGUUGUACGGGGCGGAGGAGGGCUGAGAGGAAGAGCAAGAAAAUGUCGGAAAAGCAGGCCGCCGCCGCGGAUGGUCGUUUGAGUCAGGGCGAGGAUCAGGACCAGAACCACCGUGUGCUCGCUGAGUCGCGGAGAGAUAAUGAUCACUCCCCUACUCCUGUGCGGCGAACUAGAUCUCCUGGAAGAUUUGGGCAUUUGGAAAGAGAAAUCAUGUAA